AGUCGAUUUAUAGUCGACUCCAGUUGACUCUUAUGUCACUUCAUGGUGGUGAUAGUUUUAACGGCGCACGUGGACUGAUGCGACAAGGUGCAUGUGAAUUAUACACUUUUCUUUUACAAUUAAAUAAUUAUAAUAAAAUAUGAAACGGCCAAAUGAAGCUGUUAUUGACGAUGUGCGGAUUCAACCAAGUAAAAUUCAACCGAUUAUUGUAAAUUUUCAAAAUGGGGAACUUAAGGAUGCAGAAGCAAAAAAGAUGGAGUGUGAUAUUUUUUAUGAUGAAAGCCAAAAGAACAGAAUGCUUGCUUUAUCAAAUGGUCGGAUUGUGUACAGUGGUUAUAGACCUGAUCUUAAUAAAGAACCAAUGUACACGAUGCUUGCAAUACAUAACAAAAGAACUGGAAAGGUUCGGUUGAUUCAAGCAGAACGUUGGCAAGUUUCGCCUAUUCUAGAUAGUAAAAAUAACACCGAGGACAUCUCACGUGGUGAUGAAGUUGCCUUGCUUAAUAAGCAGUUUGGAUCUAAAAGAAUGAAACGUAGAACGGAGCAAUACGAAAGAAUGAAAGUAAAUGUUGAAUCUGUAAAAGAACAGCUUGAGAAGACUGUAUCAAAUGUGGAAAUUGAUAAAGCAGAUCUCACAUUGCCAUCUGUAAAUGAUGAAUCGAUAGGGAAUACAAAUGUACCAACAUGCAACAGGAAUGCCAGCACAGAAUCAGAAAUAUACAAUCCAUAUGAAAUUGUUCCUGAAAGCAAAUUAGAAACUUUAUAUGAGGCGGCUACUGAUGUAUUAGAAAGCAAUGUAAAAGGGAGAUCCAAGUUCUUUACGGAAACGUUGAACUAUCUAAAGAAGCAAUCGGAGAGUAUUGUAAAAGUUGCCUUUUUAUUAUAUAUUGAUUGUGUUGCGACUUGGCUGAAUAUGCCAAUAAAAGAUGCGAAAAAACGUGGUGUGGAAAUAUGUCCGUAUUCGAGGCUAAUAAAUGAUCAUAUAAUAGAGUCUUACAGUAUGUCAAGCGCCCAUGGCAGGCAACGACCAACCAGUAUGAGGGAUAAAGCCAUACUACACUGUAUGGUUUUAGGUCUAUCGAUAUUGAACUUUAGCUUGAAUAUUGAAGUAUUCAGCAGUAUAGUAAACAUUCGGAUAAGUAGCAAAAGACUGACAGAUCUUGCGAGGGUGCUUGGUGCAGUACCUUUGAAAAGUGAUAAAAGUGUAGUUGUCUUAAAGCUUCCCUUACCCGCAAAAUUAGUUACAUUCAAAAAAGGCAGGAAAAAGUAAAUUAUAUAAGCGAAUCAUGUUUCAAUAGAAAUAAAAUUUCACCUAAAUAUGUACAUUUAUAUUUGUAUUUUAUAAUUUAUUUGUUGAUAACUCGACAAAUACAUCAUCUAACACAGGUACAAGUUCUACAAAUUACUUUACAAUAAUUAUAUUACUGUUUAACAUAACAUAUUCACCUAAUAUGUCAAAAAUAAAUAAACGAUAAGCAUGUUGUUUUGCAAAAUUUCAAAUCAA